AUGGCUCCAACGAUAGAAACAAUUUCCAAGCGACUUGCGGCAUCGACAGACGUAGGAUAUGAGUUAUCCAGCAAGUUCUUUAGAGUCGUGCAGGCGCUUCCAUCAGCAGUAUAUGAAUAUGGUUGCUUUGCUAGCCAAUUAACGUACUUGGCCGUCAAUUUGGAGCAAAUUGCAACUAUUAUUUCAAGCUUCAAGCUUGAACAAGGUGCCCAGCUUUUGAAGGACCUCGAAAAGUUACUUGAUUACACCGAUGAUAUUUACAACGAAGUUAAGGAAGCUUUACCACAACGAAAACAAGAUAGUGGAGAGGUUGAGUUUCUGCUUCCUUUUGACACUCCAGCGCUCGAAGACCAGAUCGCAGCUUUGCAGGUGGUAGCUGCACUCAUCAUCACCGUGCUGCAAUUGGGAGGAACAACACCAAAAUUCACAGGACUCAUACCAACUUCACCGCGAUUUGCGGAGGCUGGUGUGAAUGAGCUCAAAAAAGCAAUUCGAGAUCUCAAAUGCAGUCAGCCAAAAGACUCGAAACGUCGUGGGACAGCCUUGAAGCGAGCAAAAACCCACAGCGCAAUCACUGAGUUUUUGAACGCGAUACUUACUAUGGCUGACCUUCCUGAGCAGAAAGCAACAGAUGGGGCGAAGGAACAGGACGGAGAAGACAACAAGGCUAGUGGAUUAGAAGAGCAAAAUCUGUUGAAACUUGGACACUUUGGAUCCGAUCCAAAAGAAGACGGCAUGCCCGAGUACAUCCAACACCACCCGGACAAUGUGUACGCCAAAGUUCAUGUUGAUGACGUCGAUACACGCAGCAUGAAUUUUUACAAUCUGCCGUUUUCCAAGGCAAAGGAAAAUCCCAAUUACUACAUCAUCUGGAAGCCUAUGGAAGCAUGGGAAUGUGAAAACUUGUUCCAGCAUACGAAGAAACUUCGCAUCAACGAAGAACAUGCAAACAUUCAACCACGCCAGGUGAUCAAGAAUCUUCUCGCCAAGUGGCUAAAGAUCUCCAACGUCUACGACGACGAAGAGCUGCCCAGCCUUGAACUCAAAGAGCUUGACGAGAACCUUGCGGAAUUGAGGGCACAGGACGAGAAACGGAAUGUACACGAGCGAGCGCCCAUAAUUCGGGAUCGUUCAUGGUCUCCAUCUCCAGCCUCUCGCGACGUUUUGCCGCUGACACGCCGAGUUCCACGCUACCGCGUAGAUCGUUUCGGUCUGACAUCAAAGACAGAUUACUGGCGCAGCUGGGGCGGCCAGUCUGCAAGCCUUAGCAAUGCUCUCAAAUAUGCUGGCUGGCAGCCGGUGUACAUGAGAGGUACGGAUGCAGGGCAAACAUGGUUCUACGGACCGGACGUGAUUCACAUUCGCCGCUUCGCGGAGGAUUACACUCCGCAAGAAGGGCCUCUGAUUGACGGAGAUGCUUCGUCUGAGGCAAAGGAUUAUCUCAUUAUUAGCACUGAAUGGAUCGAGGAAGAAGCGCUGCAGAGGCAUGGCUUCCAGUACCAGCUACUGCCCUCUGGUCACUAUUCGCUGGACUCGCGCUUGACUUGGGGUGAUAUUCAGCUCAUUGUGGCAGCCUCGAGCACGUUUCGCGAGGAACGUCUUUACCGCAAGUUCCGAAACGCGGAGAAAGGCGACCUCCACGAUCCAAGGAAAGUCGCCACACCUGACCUGGACUACUUGAAUGGCCCGGCGGCAUUUGAGCGAUCGACCAGAAAUCGCGUGCCUGUCCCGGCCGCCACAAAUUCGCGGCACGUCUCUCACAAGCUUGAGAAUCUGCCAGAAGAGCCCUCGGAAGCUGUCUUCACCAAGAAGGCGGAAGUCAACACACCCGGCGUGGAGAGUCACGACUCGUUCAUCGAGGUUGAUAAAUGACUUGCACAUUUGUUGCCGGUCGCUCGUAUGCUAGUGAAGUAUUCAUAGGUCAGACCCAAAUGUGAUAUGGUUCACG